CCUAAUUACCCCUUGCAUUUAACCUCGUGUCUCAUUCUUUCUAGUCGCCAGUUCAUUGUACCUUGUCGUCGCAUUCCUUGUUUCCACGUCACAGACUCACAAUUUAAGACACCCUGUGCCAGAUGCAGCAUGGAUACCCCAGAGCAUAACAGAGCCUCCUCCAUGUUUCACAUGGUGUCCUCCUUGGUCGUCUCCCAUGAAGUCCAGUUUGGCUCAAACGACGACAGAUGGUGUGAUCUGACACUGAUAUACAGAGACAUCUACGAUGUUUGUGCCAUCUGUCUGGACGAGUACGAAGAAGCAGACAAACUCCGGGUCCUACCAUGUUCUCAUGCCUACCACAGCAAGUGCGUGGACCCCUGGCUGACCAAAACCAAGAAAACGUGUCCGGUGUGCAAGCAAAAGGUGGUCCCCUCGCAGGACGACUCCGACUCAGAGGAGAGCGGCGCCGAAGAGAACGACGAGGCGUCCGAAAGCACCCCGCUGCUGCGCUCGCUGGCCUCCACCAGCGCCCACUCCUUCGGCACCAUGUCGGCGGCAUCUCGCUCCGACCGCGGCCAGGAGUCUUCCUCUUCUGAGUACGAGGACGACGAGCUGGACGAAAGCAGCAACAGCGAGGAGGAGGUCAAUGUGGAGACCGUGGUGGUCCAGAUGCAGCGGUCGAGCCCUGAAGGCCACGAUCACGACCUACUUCAAGCUUGACUCUUUGUUGGGAACCCCUCAAAAGAUGCUGCUUACUUUAAUAUCCUCUCCCUGCAUAUUCAGAUGUACAUUUGAUUGCAAGCUAGCGAAUGAAGUGUUGAAGGAACCUGUGCUAGGACUACACAUACCAACUGUAUUGGAGUCGCUAAUAUAAGACACUCCUGAAAAACGAAGACAAUGUCCAGAAGAGCAAUGCGUAAAUACACUCAUCACCAUAUGUAUAAACUGUGACACUCUCUCAUCAUUUUUUACUGUACAUACACACUGAGGCUUCUUCAACUGCUAUGCCGCUUCUUCUCCAGCCACGUUUUUUUAAGUACAGAGUGGAAAGAACACAGUAUACAGAGCAGUUUCAGCCCAUCACUGGAAAGUAAAACAGUAAGUCAUGUUACAAGAAAUAAGUCAUUGUGUUGCAAGAAUGAAGUUUUAAUAAUACCAACCAAAAAAAGUCAUUUCAUAGUCAUGUUAUGAGAAGAAAAUUAGGGUGUACCACGACUCUCACCUAAAGUCAGCUGGGAUAGGCUCCAGCUCACCUGCGAUGCUAAUGAAGACAGGCGCUAUAGAAAAGGGAAAGAGGAAAAGAAUAAAUUGUUCACUUGAGGAUUUGUGAAAAAAGACAGAACACUACAAAAAUGUAGUCAUAAUAUUAAUAGAAAAGUUAUUUGCGAAUAUAGGAGAAAAGUCUUUAUUUUCAAGAAGCUUUAUUGUGAGAAGAUGGACUGGCGACCAGGUUGCAUGACUUCAGAUUUUGUAAGUCGACACUAAAUUGAGUCGAUUUCGACUCGACGCUGAUCACGUUAUUGUUUCAGUGCUGUAAUUUUUAUUUUUUUUAAUCACAGGCAGAGGUAAUGCUUUGCAAUCACACUUGUCGACAAAUUUGUCUUAAGAUUUUUUUUUUUGCUGAUUUUGGACAGUUUUGAUGUGCUGAAUCCAAAUCAACUUUUUGAACUGUGGCCACGUUUUUGUUUACGUGUAGAUAUUUUCGCUUUAGAGGUUCAAAUAAACGGAGGUUCAUGCCCUGAAUUCUGAGCAAUGAUGAUGUAACACUCAAUUAACAGGUACUUUUAUCAAUGUUUACAAUUAAAUUUGCAGUAGGCAAAGUUUGUAACAUUUGAUUAAUAAACUUAACAACUUGGCAUAAAAACAUGA